GUAUGAACAGGAAGAGGGCUCUUAUAUCAGACACUUUCAAGGUGAAGAGAAGCAGAAAUGGCACAGACAGGUUUGGAGUUCUGGACAACAGAGAUGGACCAGCUGACAUUAGAUCCACUCUGGAGUAUCUUAUGACACUGUUUCCCAGAAAGCUCUUCAAUGAUGCCUUGCCUCAAAUUGUCCUGAAACACCAGCUGUACAGCAUACACAGUGACAAGACACUGGUGGACAAAGAAGUGAAUAAACUGCGUGAGCAUGGAGAGCUGCUGAUGUUCCAGCUCGGGUUUGACGCAGAAGCCUUCGCGCUGGUUUUCGCCGAAAACUACAAGGCCAAGGUACUGGCGGGAGUGGAGGGAAAAGAGACACGAGUGACCGUGGAAAAGUUCCUGGACAAAGUGGUGUCCUCGUGCACAGACCUGAGCUUCAGCAAGGACAAGAUGCUGAGGGAGUUUCUCUUCACUGACUCUGAGAUAACGCUGCUGGUGAAGUCCGGCGUCCUGACUGUGAGGGAUGCCGGCAGCUGGUGGCUUUCUAUUCCCAACUCUGGAAAAUUCACUAAGUACUUCAUAAAAGGUCGUAAAGCGGUGCUUGGAAUGGUGAAGAAGUCUAAAUAUAGUGAAGUCUUAAAGGCAGACAUAGAGGAGCGGCGGACUACUUCCCAAGUGAAAUUCCACAUGAAAUACCACAUCCAUGACAUUGUUGGUGCAGAGCUGGUAGAAAGCGUACCAACAACCUCUGGGACAUUGUUGCGAUUUGUUGACUCC